CCCCUCACAACAGACAUCCCGCAAUCAGCAGGCCAAGAAAAAACUCCUGGACACGUACCCUCUCACCCGCCAAACUAAAACUUGCAUUCACUUCGCCCCGAGAGCCAGUCGCUGGACGUCCGUGGGAGAGGAUGGAGGUAACGCGUGCUGGCAAGCUUCAGGUGGUGGUGUGGCUGUUGGCUCUGUGGCUGUCUGGUGCAGCGUCAACCAAGGGAAAAGGGAGAGGCAGUACGGGCGGCCUGUCUGCCCCAUUGCUCCUCCCACCAGUCGCUGCCCACCUGCCCACGCCCGAAAUUCACGUGAAGCCCUACCCUGUGGCGCUCCCGCUGUGUCCCGCAGUCACAAAGCACGUGACGAAGGUUCAACUUUUAGAUAAUUACGUACCCAUAUAUCAGACGCAGGUGAAGCCCGUUAUCGUGACCACCACCUUCUACCACACCAGCCUCGUCAUCAAAGACCACGAGGCCAACAGCAUCCUCUACACCACCGUCCGCAACAUUGACUUCCAAUACGAUAGUUCGGAGGCUGUUAUUACGAACCACGUGACCGUCACCAGCAUUCAGAGGGUACCGGUCGCUACCACCGUCACCAGCAUCAGCCUGACAGUGGAGCCGCAAACAACAACCGUAACCAAGACAAUACAGCAAGGAAUCCCCGAAUACUUCACCAAGACCACCUAUGUUACGCGGACGGUGUAUGAGCAGCCGAGAAUCACCGUGACCGAGCAGUUCGAGCUGCCUUAUGACAACACUCAGUAUCAGGUGGUGACAGAGACACUCUACCUGACUGAGACUGUCGAGGCCAAACAUAGACCCCCAGUCACAUCCACAGUGGUGAGGACGGAACACAGUCACACUCCAGUCUACGUCACCGUGACCGUCGUGAACACCGAAGCUGUCACCACUAUCGUGCAGCAGCCGGACCCUCAGACCGUGGUGGUGGAGGUUCCCUGCAGCAUACACACUAAGAAAGGCUUUGGAAGAAACAUAAAUGAUAAGAACUCCUAUGGUCCUUAUUAAUUGGACGCUACAGCAAUAGUCUCCGUCCAGGACACACCGGGAGUCAUUAAACACACUAAUAUUCCGUCACUCUCACCAAAACAUUAUACGCAUCCCACGGUAUCACUAAAUCAUGACACGUUUUUACCAUUAACCAAAGCAAGCUCUCUCACCGUAGCAUGAUGCCCCACCUCAUCAACUUCCAUGAUUUCCCAGCAGCUAAUAAAUAUCAGCACGAUCACUCAGUAUAGUGCCUCCCCCCGGCAACACAACGGUUUGCCACCACAUACAGUCAGUAAGCUACUCAUCGCACUUCGAAGGAAAACUGCUCUCUCUCUCUCUCUCUCUCUCUCUCUCUCUCUCUCUCUCUCUCUCUCUCUCUCUCUCUCUCUCUCUCUCUCUAUAAGCUAUCACGAUGACCAACGUUUGUCGAGAUGAUUGUCGAUAUAAGGAUAUACGUGAUGUUGUUAUUAGAAUGUACUAUAUAUUUUUCUUCAAUAAACUGUUGUUCCUA